AUGGCCCAGAAAGCCGCCAAAUCCCUCGCUGUCCGGAACACCUCUACCCUAAACCGAACCCACCUCAUCGCCCUCGCCCUCCACACCAUCUACCUCCUACUCCAUUUCACCUUCAACCGUCCGCGCUCCCUGAAACCCUACUUUCUCCUCGCAGGCCCAACACUCCUCAUCGAAUUCUACCUCGAACGCCUUGGUCGGCCGCGCUACACCGACGAUGGCAACCUCCGCACCCCCGGGGAGGAUCUGGGCGCCACGGGUCUGACGGAAUACAUGUGGGACGUUGUCUACUGGACUUGGGGAUGCAUGGUUUCCGUGUGCCUGUUUAAUGACCGCGCGUGGUGGUUGUGGGUUGUUGUGCCUUUGUAUUCGGUGUGGUUGGCGUAUACUACGUUUACGGGGAUGAGGAGUGGGUUUGCUGGGAUGGGCGCUGGAUCAGAGCAAGCAGCGGCAGCAGCGGGUGGGGAGAGUAAGAGGCAGAAGAAAUUGGAGAAGAGGGGUGGACAGAAGGUGCAAUAUCGGUGA